AUGGUCCCUCCACCACCAACAUAUACCCGCGAUCAACUCGCACGAUAUCUCAAACGGAUCCGUUAUCCCGGAUCUAAAGACGAUGAAGAAGCAAACAGCGCGUUGGUGCAUUUGGAGAACGCAAUUCAAAACGACCCCUUGAGUGCAUUAUCCGAGCUGCAGAAACGACAUCUAAGCACUAUCCCCUUUGGCAACUCGGUACUGCAUUACUCGCAACAUCAUACUAUUUCUCUCGAUCCUCAGGCCCUCUUCCACAAGUUGGUAGAGAGAGAGCUUGAUGGAUACUGUAUGGAAAAUACGGGGCUUUUCUAUAUUGUCCUGAGAUCUCUUGGGUUCAAGGUCUACGCUACAGGUGGGAGAGUCAGUCAUUUCAUAAGUCGCAAAGUAGAUGAUGGGACGUUUGGUGGAUUUGGUCAUAUGGUCCUUAUUGUCACAAUCGGUAGCGGAAAGUAUAUGGUUGACGUUGGCUUUGGGCCCGCAUGUCCGCCUCGACCAUUGCCUCUUGAGGCCGACUACACUGCUGUGUCUGUUGCACCCGCAGAAUUGCGACUGAUCAGAGACAGCAUACCCGAAUUUACAGACGAGAGCCAGAAAGUCUGGAUAUACCAAGUACGUAGCAGUCCAGAAAAGCCGUGGGCUCCGGCAUAUUGCUUCUCGGAUAUCGAAUUCUUACCCCAGGACUUCGCCGUGAUGAACUUCAGUACAAGCAAGGGCGAACAUAGUCCAUUCACGAAGGAUCUCAUGAUUAUGAAAAUGAUCCUUGAUGACGAGGAAGAUGCUCUUAUUGGGCAAUAUACGCUUUCUGGAACCGAAGUUAAGCAGAGAAUCGGCGGAGAUACUAAGAUUGUCGAGACGCUGCGGACAGAGCAGGAUCGAGUCAAUGCGUUGGCGACAUGGUUUGGCAUGCAUCUUCGCGAAGAAGAGAUCAAUGGGAUCCGGGGAAUGGUAUCAGAGUUGGUGGAGGCCUGA